AUGGUGGGCAAGAAGUCGAAUCGCGCGCAGAUGCGCGAGGAGGGUCUGGAGCGCACGGAUAAUAACCUCGACCUUACGACUUGGCCGCAGGUUAAUAUGAUUAAUCAGAAGAACUAUUAUACUGAAUACCUAAAGCGCGACGACCAAUUCCUUGCCUACCGGACGCAGAAUGAGGAGGCCACGAGCCGAAUGGUACAACAGGCACGAGACAAGGACCGCGCACUAGCGCAGGGUGCCGAUCCCGAGGACAUGACGGCAGAGGAGAACGGGGCGGCGGUCGCGACGCAGGAGGCCAUCGGGUCGAAAGUCAUCGUCAUCCACCCGGGCAGCCAGAACAUGCGGAUCGGGCUGGCGAGCGACGCGCUGCCCAAGACGGUGCCCAUGGUCAUAGCCCGCAAGUGGCCACAGAACGAGGUCGAAGAGGACGGCGGCGAGCCGCGACCCAAGCGCCUAAAGGUCGACGACGAGCUGCCCGAGGAGGCGGACAAGUGGUUCGGCCCGGACUUCUCCAGCCAGUACGGCGCCAUGUCCGCGGAGCUGAAGACGCGCAUGCGCGCCAACAAGCGGCGCGUGCUGCCCAACUCGAAGGAGCUCGUCGUCAACUACAACAGGCGCACUCCGCCGGAGAACAUUUCGGAGCACAACGACCCCCAUCGUGUCGAGUGGACGCAUAUCCCUGACGACCCCAAGGAGGCUCCGGACUACCUCUUGGGUACCGCCGCUUUGAGAAUCCCCGAGGAGUCGAAUCCGCGCUACAAGCUCUUCUGGCCGAUCCGGCACGGCUGGUUCAACGAGCAAGACUACCAGACGAAGAACCUGCUGUUCCAGGACCUCUCGCUCAUAAUAGAACAUGCCAUUAUUUCGGAGCUCGGGCUGAAGCGGAAGAAGGACUGGGGCCAGUAUGGCUGCGUGUGCGUCAUCCCGGACCUCUACGAGCGGCGCUACGUCACGCACCUGCUGGACAUUCUACUGCGGGACAUUGGGUUCGGCCGCGUGUGCUUCCAGCAAGAGAGUCUUUCCGCGACGUUUGGCGCCGGCUACUCGAGCUCGUGCAUCAUCGAUAUUGGCGCUCAGAAGACGUCGGUGUGCUGCGUUGAGGAGGGCAUGUGCGUCGAGGAUUCGCGGAUCAAUAUGAAGUACGGCGGUGCGGACGUCACGGAGACUUUUGUGCGCAUGAUGCUGCACGAUUAUUUCCCGUACGCGGAUAUCAACCUCAAGCGCCGGUAUGACUGGUUGCUGGCGGAGGAGCUGAAGCAGAAGUUUUGCACGAUGAACGAGGGCGAUAUUAGCGUGCAGCUGUACGACUUUCACUUGCGGGCGUUUGGGAAGGACACGCAAAAGUACUUUUUCAAGACUUAUGACGAGACGAUGCUCGCUCCUAUGGGAUACUUCAACUCGGCAGUCUUCGACCAUUCAGAGAAACUCAAGGGGCGUCGCAAGCUGAUUGAACGCUCGUACGAUCUCUACGAUGGCUCGCCAAACGAUCCCGGUUCGAUAGCCCAGACGGCCGUCAUGCAGAUGGCAGCUCCCCAGGUCCCACAGGUGCUCAAUGGCCUGGUAGACCCUGAGCCGUCGAAAGCGCCGCCAAUGGCCUCGACGCCCAGUCGCUCGGGACAGCAGCCUCUCGGUCUCGCUGGCCGGCUCGGUGACGUCGAGGGCACACCGCGGUCGUCGGUUGCGGGUUCGCCCGGGCCCGAGGGCACACCGCAGCCGAUCCGCGAGACGCCAUUGGGCGGCGACCCGGCGGGGCCGACGAGCGGCGGCAUCUUCUACGACCCGACGCUGGAGAAGAUCAAGGCGGCCGACGAGCGGGACAAGGUGCUGCCGGCGUGCGGGCUGGACGUGGCCAUCAUGACGUGCGUCGCGCAGGGGGCGCGGGGCGACGACCGCAAGGCGCGCGAAUUUUACGGCGGCAUCAUGGUGAUUGGCGGCGGGGCCAAGGUGCCCGGGUUCCUGUCGUUUUUGGAGGAGCGGCUGCGCGAGCAGCUGCCCGGCUUGGGCAAGGAGAUUCUGAUUGGUUCGCCGCCGCGCGAUCUGGACCCGCAGGUGCUGGUGUGGAAGGGGGCGAGCGUGUUUGGCAAGCUCAGCAAUAGCGGCAACGAUAGCUGGGUCAGCCAGAAGGAGUACGAUAUUCUGGGCAGUCGGCUGCUGAUUAGUAAGUGCAUGUUCCCGUGGUAG